UGAGGAACAAGGAGUUGGGCGCUAUCCUCCCGUCCGGUAUUGAGGAGAUUCAGUUAGUCGCUGGAAGCCCGGACUUGUUUGAGGAGAUGCCUGUCGAAGGUGCCAAAUUUCCUGACGGUGAGUGGAGCUACGCAAUGGGGUCAAUCCGCAAGGCUUUGGGAAUCAACGCGGACGAUUUGAUCGAGGAUCGGUACGCCGCCGCGGCUAGAAAGAAGCACAGGCCUCCGGACAAAACCAAACUCGACAAGUAUCUCGAGCACCUGCGCACGCAAGCGGAAGAGGCCAUUGGGGACGAAGUCAAGAAAAUGGAUGAGGACGAGAAAGAUGACCCAGGACGCAAAUUAGACCACCAGCGCAAGUUGGUCAAGCUUAUUUUUGCUUGGCGGAAUUUGAACGGGCCCAAGGGCUGGGAGGGGUUUCCGGAGAUCGACAAAAGCAAAUUGAUCCAGAUUAGCGUCAGUGCGGUUACGGCGCUCGUCGAACAUGCGCAAGCCAGCUAUGGCGUUCUCAAACGUUACAUUCUCAACUGUUACAUGAAUCUGUAAUGCAAGAAUGGCAAAAACAAAGGGGGGAAGAUUGCAAAAGUUGCAUUACAAAUCCCGCGCAAAUUUAGGCGCUGUUUAGCCCUUCGCAAAUUUGUCAUGCCCAGCAGCUUGAUCUUGUGGAUGAUGAUGGUAGUUUUGCAUGACAAAUCCAUGUAACAGUUGAGAAUGUAACGUUUGAGAACUCCAUACCAGCGACGAAAUGGCCCGGCCACGCCGGUUCGUCCCACGUGCGUUCAGCUUAUGGGAGUGUCAGGUUUGAAAUCGGCAAAGUUGAAAUAACUUGUAAUGCAGAAAUUGCAAGGCAUGAAGUGCCUGUCUUGCCGGGAUGGCAAGUGAGGCCGACCGUCAGCCUGUUUAGGGUUUGAGAUAGAGCUGCUAAAGUAGCAUGACAAAAGCAGUCUUCUGUGCCUAAACAGCAUGACAAAUUGUAUUCCGGUGCUCGGAAAAUUUGUCAUGCGCCGCUUGAUAACUGGGCCUCCGACUGGCAUCCACUUUAUGCAUGACAAAUCAAUUCAACUUUGACGAUUUCAAUCCUGACGCUUCCAUACAGCUUCUUGUGCCGGUACUACGGCUUGCUGGGUGGGGAGUUUCGCGACGCUUUGAAGUCUGCCUGGGUCGCCCCGUUACCGGAGCAAAAUCGUCUUCCUGCGCAGGUCUUCAAAGAUCUGGUGUAUUUGGUGGAACGUGAGUUGACACAUACCCAUCACACCAUGCGUGCGGUGGUUCAAGGUAGCCGGAACGUAACGCUGCGAACCGUGAAAUUUAACCAAGCGAUCGCAGCAAGCCAUCUACAGGACCUCGAGGCUAUGGCGUCGAAGGUUGAGGCUGGCGGCCCCGUCCGCUUUUUCGAUUCCUUUGGCGAGCUGAAAACGGAGACCCGGGUGGGCUGGCCCCAAAAAGCCCUCGACGAUUUUGCAGACCAGUUCUACCGCCGCGGACGAGGAAGUAAGAUCGUGCUAGUAGAAGGCAAGUCUAAGUUCCGACAGCUUGUGCUCGCGAAGCUGAAGAGCGAUCUGGCAACGACGGUGAAAAAUAUCAAGACAGCUGAGGGCCGUUUGAAGGAUGAGCCCUUAACUUCUUGUAUCCUGAGUAAAAACGUACCCACACCAGAGUUGUAAUGCAAAUCUGCAUGCUGAAAAUGUUUCUCAUGCGGAGCCCCAUGAGAAGCAUUUUCCUAUCGUGUUUUGCAAUUUGUCAUGCUCCAAUCGGCAUGGUAUGCUAGAUCUGUGAUGCUGCUGAACUAGCUCAAACAGCACUACACUACGAAUCCAAAUUUGUCAUGCAAAACAGCCAAAACUUGUGGACUUGUCUAGCCGAUUCCCCAACUUGACUAUGGUGUGGGUACGUUUUUACUCAGGAUAUCUUGCUCGCCGUGUGAAGGAUGGACGCCAAUCACCGCCGAUUUCUUUCUAUGAAAGCCUCAGGAUGGAAAUCCUCAAAGUGGAAAUGAUUUGUGAUGCAUGGAAUGCGACGCAAAAAAGACUGUAUUGCAGAGGACGCAAUGGAGGCCGACUAUUAUCCUGCUAAGGUUGAAGAAUUGGAAUGCUGCUUAGCACGACAGAAGGGCACCCCUUUGCCUUAGCCUGCAUGACAGACAUGCUUUAAGUGCCCGGGAAAUUUGUCAUGCGCCGACUACUAAUGCCGCUUCAACUGGAGUCGUUUUUUUGCAUCACAAAUUAUUAUUAUUUCCACUUUGAGGAUUUCCAACCUGAGGCUUUCAUACUUUCCUUACUGCUUUUUCGACUCAAAGUCACACAUAAGUCAGAACAGGGGAGGCGCCGUUUACCCUUGGAGGCGUAGGCCCGAGGAAAGCCGUACCUCUACCUUUUAA